CACACACUCGGAGCCGUGAGACGUUCACACACCGCGGCGACGACACGGAGAUUUAACGUGACUGAACUCGGCGGAGAAAUAUUUAUAUUUUUUAACAGAAAAACGCGUCUUUUCGCUGCUUUUAAACGCUUCCUUUGUGUUUUUUUUUCACGAAUAACAGCGCGGGUUUUUUUUAUGAUUUAUUUUCCAUUAUAUUCAUUCAUUUAUUUAUUUAUUUAAUUUUUACUGCGGCUGAAUCAAUUUCCUCUUCCAGAUCUGGGAAUUACAAUGAAACAUGUAGGUGACACGUUUUUCUCCACUUCUCCAGCCCUGGAAUCACAAUAGAGGAUCCACGCGAGGACGACACGAAACACACGACAACAGGGGGUGAAAUGGUGACGGGUGCAGCAUCUAUAGCAUCAGCAUCUAUAGCAGCAGCAGCUUCCUCUGUGCUGCGUUCAGGAACAAAUAACAGUGUGAAGAUCGGUGGAUGUGAAGCUGCGAGUUAAUACAGAUUUCUGCUCCAGCGCCCCCUGGAGGAUUCCUGAGGGAUUUCUCUCUUUUUUAUUAAUAUAAAUAAUAAUAAUAAUAGUUAUUAUUAUCUCCGCUGCUCUCCUCACUUCAAAUCAUUCCAUCGGGGGAGUGUUCUUCUCCUCCUCGUCCUCCCACUGUGUCUUUUCUAAGAAAAACCAAAACCAGACGCCAAACUGAAGCAAAAAUACAAGGAAACAGAAGAAUUAAUGGAACUGUAAUCGUCAUCAUCUGUCUCAUUAACGUCAGCUACACAAACACCAUCAUCACCGCUGCUGCUCUGAAAAGUUCGGAGAUUCAUCGUCUCCGUCUUCCAGUUGUUUCUUCCACGCGUUGAUGUCCGAAGACUAAACCCCUCCCCUUUUUAUGGAAUCCCAGUGACCUCUGUGACCUCCUACCUUAUCUUCUUCUUUGAGAAACAUGCAACUUAGAACCUGUCACUGUUUUCACACGUUUGGUGGAAGAAGAUCCGGUUUAAAAAUCUAAAGCCAUACUGAACAGCAGCCAUAGCAAGUGACCGCAUUUAUGGAAGAACACCUGACGAUGUUUGGAGUGACGCUGGGUCGCGUCGCACAUUCAGGGAGAAGAAGAAGACGCUGAAGUGGUCGCCCUGUAACGGCCCGCGUGUCGGGUUUCUCCCGCCGCCCGCUUUCGUCGCCGCCUCGCAAACGUUCCCCCUCAGCGUUGACGGAUGAAUCCGGACAUUUUCAUGUCUGUUCUGUGGGCAGAACCUCGCUGCCCCGCUAGAACCGGGCCCAAGCCGUCCUUCGUCCUCUUCUGCUGGACCAAGCUGAACUCGGAGCAGAGACACUCGCGCGAGGGAAUCGAACGCACAUAAGAUAUCGGUCCGUGUUGUUUGUUGUUGGGUUUUUUCUGUGAAUGUUUUUCCAGAACCGAUCUCUGGACGUUUUCUUCUUCUUCCUCUUCUUCUUCUUCUUCUUCUUCUAGCAUGAACCUUUAUCAGUGAAACACACACACACACACACACACGCGAAGUCUAAAUCCGAUAUUCUGCGAUCACUGAAACCAAAACUUCAAGCAUUUUCACCUUUACUGCUCAUUUAAAGUUACACUCUGUUUACUCUCACACACACACACACACACUAGAUUUUUUUAAAUUAAACAAUUUGUCCGUCUUCACGUUCAAAAGUGCCAAAUCUUCCUUUGUGCGUUAGAAGUGGUCAAACAAAAGCGUUAAAGGUCAAAGUUUACAUACUCGAUGUUUACAGAUUCUUCACUUUCUUACGUGAACAUUUUUCCAUGAACAAUUCUUUCUUCGGUCGUUGUUUGACGAGUUUACAUUUCUCUCGUUUACGAAUAACAGAAACAAAUAAACGUCACUGCCUGUGUUUUCUGCUGCCAUAACAAAGAAAAAGUCAUCAUUGAUUAUUUUCCGAUCAAUAGCCAUUUCACAGGAAGUUCUACUCGGGCCUAAAAAACGCCGACAAACCUCAUUGUUUACAAAAGCUGCUCAAAGGAAGGAUUUGUUUACAUUACGACGAGGGAGUGAAAUGCGAACUUUUGCCCAAAAAACGUGAAUCUACGCUAAAGUGUGGACAAAACAGGAAGUGACUUUUUCACACCGAGGGUUUUUUUAUACACGGAGACGCCGCCAUCUUGGAUGAGGACGCUAAUCGUUAACAGUGCUAACUGAGCUAUCUGUUGUUUUUUACAUUGACUCAGAAAGUUCACGAUGAGACCUUUAAUUUCGAGAAGGAUGUUUCGUUCGUCGCUCGUUCUCUUGUUUUUCUUCUGCCUUGCUGUUUCCACGGUAACCAUCGCCACAGUACGACGGGCUAGCGUCAGGACUCUGACUGGCGGCGGCUCGGCUGCAGCUGCUAAAACCAGCGCCACCUUGUUCCUCCUGACCGGCUACAAGCCGCCAGUGCCACCGCCGCUGCCCGCUGGACCCAAGGUGGCGCCAAAAGCAGCCGAGGUGGAGGACGGGGAGGACGAUCCCCCGGCGGUGGCUGAACUUCCUCCGAAGCCCCUCCCCCAGACCAUGUUGCCAAGGAAUAUGACGGCUGACGCCCUGAAGCCGCCACUCAUGCCGGCGCAGGUGGCUCCUCCUCCAAGACGAUUGGUGGACAUGGACGUGUGCAGAGGCUACUUUGACGUCAUGGGCCACUUCGACAGCACAUUUAACUGCUCCAAAGACAGCUACAUCUACUGCUGCGGCACAUGUCAUUACCGCUUCUGCUGCGAGCACCAGAGGAGCCGCCUGGACCAGGACUCCUGCACCAAUUACAAGUCCCCGGACUGGGCCGAGCCGCUGGUCCCUGUCACCGUUCCCGCCAACAACAAGCCCGACCCGGACUUUGAGACACUGCAGCAGCAGAACAGCAGCACGGCGUACGUGAUCGGCGGAGUGAUCACCUUCACGGUGGUGGUGGCCGUGGGCGUCAGGAUCGCCUUCAGCAAGGUGGCGCGUCGACCGCGGAACAGAGACGUCAACAUGCCCAGGUCGCUGGUGGACAUCCUGCGACACCAGUCGAGCCCCGUGCAGCAGGGAGAGAGGAACAACACGGCCAUGUUGACGAGCUCCGCCUCUAAAAACCUCUAUACCCCCGUCCUGCAGAGCAAAGACAACCGCACUGGGAACUUGCACCACCAUUUUAACCAGCAGGGGUCAGCACCCAGCCCCAAACACUCUGCCACCAUCGAGCGUGGAGCUCGUAUGAAUAACUCCGCCCAGCUCUCCUCCGGCCCCUCCCUGCUCUCAGGAAGCGGUAAAGGUCCCGGUGGCGGCAGCAGCAUCAUGGGAGGCGGCGGCAUGAGACACAGCAGCGGCAGCCACGCCUCCUUCUCUCACUCCUUCCACAACCUCGCUCAGCUGCCACCGUCCUACGAGGUCACCAUGAAGCCAGAGAUCAACCGCUACAGUUCACUGAAGAGGCUGGAGAAAGAAUUGGACGAGUAUUCCAACUACUACAACUCCAAACGCCGCUUCAACAACGCUCCGCCCUCCUUCCACUCGUCUCAGCACCACCUGCCGUGGGGAGGCGAGUACACGCUAGGAUCCCGGGGAACGCUGCCACUCAACGGCUCCCGGCCCCGCCUCCACAUCCCCGCCUCCACCCCGAACCCGUACCCGCUGCCCGUGCAGUCGCACUACGCCAGCUCCUCGUUCGACAGGCCGCCGCGCCGCGUCCGCUCCCAGGACCAGCUGCUGGCUCUCUGCGAGGGCAACACGCUCUCACGCCUGUCCAAGAACCAGCAGCACCAGUACUACAAAGCCAUGAUGAGCACCAGCAGGGGCGCCGCCUCCCAGACGCUCCGCAGGUCACAUGAGCGGCUCCUGGUCUCACCGGACCACCUGGAGGAUCGGCUGAUGGCGAUGGGGUUGAUGAUGGACCGAGGCGGCGACCGAGGAGGCGACCGAGGCGGCGACCGAGGAGGCGACCGAGGAGGGAGCGGGAUGGUGCCGGUCAUGGGCCGUCUGAGCCACCACCAGAAGGCGCAGUCUCAGCAGAACAUCUGCGUCACGCCGUCCAUGGACCGACAUCACAUGAUCAAGAUGAACUCCCACCCGACGCCGGGUCACGACCACGACCACGACCGCACGUCCGCCGCCAUAUCCGGCAUGGGCAUGCGUGGUGGGUGGGACGGAGGCGUAGGUGGAGGUGGAGCCAGUGUGGUGAUGGGAGGCCACCCCAACGCGCGGCGCAUGGCUUUCGCCACCAAGAGGCAGAACACCAUCGAACAGCUGCACUUCAUCCCAGGAGGAGGAGGAGGAGGAGGAGGACUGUGGACUGGGAGUAAGAACGAGGUGACGGUGUGAGAAGAGAGGAAGACAAAACAGAGGUGAAGUUGUAAAGAAGGUGAGGGAAAAAGGGAAGCACUGAGACAUUCUCCCCCCUCCUCCCCCCCACUCUCCCAUUCAUAACACACAAAGCGGCGGGUGACGACAUGAAUCUCACCGUGAGUUGAUUUUCCUCCGUGUCGCUUCUUUGUCGUGUUUUGAAGAAAAAAGAGAGAAUAUUCAGCCAUUCUCUGAAAAAGGGAAGACAGAAAUGUCCACUUUUAAACGAGCAAAAAAUUCAAAUGACGGUGUGAGUGAAUUUUCCCGGGUUUCCGCCGCUGACUUUUAUUGAAGGAUACCCGGCGCGCUAUAAUUUACUGACUCAUCCUUGGGUUUUAUUGCACUGUCGCCUUGAGUCCUCCGGACAGACAGAAGUCCGUCUGUCUUUGAGUCCACUGUGGAUGACGGACAGAGAGACAGACAGGUUUGCUCGUCUUUGUAUUUAAAAAAAAGCA